UGCUUCCCCAUUUUUCCCUGCGACCCCGCUUCCUUCUACAGGCAUAAGCUCCUCCGUUUCUCUCUCUCUAUCUCUAUCACAAAAGAAACACGAAAAUGGCGUGCGAGGGGAUCUUGUUAGGCAUGGGAAACCCACUCCUCGACAUUUCUGCUGUUGUAGACGAUGAUUUCUUGCAAAAAUAUGACAUCAAGCUGAACAAUGCUAUCCUCGCCGAAGACAAGCACUUGCCUAUGUACGAUGAAAUGGCUAGCAAGGGCAAUGUAGAAUACAUUGCUGGAGGUGCUACUCAAAAUUCAAUCAGAGUUGCACAGUGGAUGCUCCAAAUUCCUGGUGCAACCAGCUAUAUGGGCUCCACUGGGAAGGACAAGUUUGGAGAGGAGAUGAAGAAAAACUCCACUGAAGCUGGUGUUAAUGUACAUUAUUAUGAGGAUGAGGCUGCUCCCACUGGAACAUGUGCUGUUUGUGUUGUUGGUGGUGAGAGGUCGCUCAUUGCAAAUUUGUCUGCUGCAAAUUGUUACAAAUCUGAGCACUUGAAGAGUCCAGAAAAUUGGAAACUUGUUGAAAAGGCAAAAUAUUUCUACAUUGCUGGGUUUUUCCUUACCGUGUCUCCUGAAUCCAUUAUGCUUGUUGCUGAACACGCAGCUGCAAACAACAAGGUCUUCAUGAUGAACCUCUCUGCUCCAUUUAUCUGUGAGUUCUUCAAGGAUGUGCAGGAGAAGGCUCUACCUUAUAUGGACUAUGUCUUUGGGAAUGAGACUGAAGCCAGAACCUUUGCAAAGGUUCAUGGAUGGGAGACUGAGAAUGUUGAGGAGAUUGCUCUUAAGAUUUCUCAAUGGCCUAAGGCAUCAGGGGCACACAAGAGGAUUACUGUUAUUACACAAGGUGCAGAUCCUGUUGUAGUUGCUGAGGAUGGGAAGGUGAAAUUAUUCCCUGUGAUAUUGUUACCCAAGGAGAAGCUGGUUGAUACAAAUGGAGCAGGUGAUGCGUUCGUUGGUGGAUUUUUGUCACAGCUGGUGCAAGAGAAGCCCGUUGAAGACUGUGUGAAAGCUGGUUGCUAUGCAGCAAAUGUCAUUAUCCAAAGGUCAGGCUGCACAUAUCCAGAGAAGCCCGAUUUCAAGUAGGCUCAUAUCCCCCAUCCGAGCCUCUUACUUUGUACUGGAGUUGAUUUUUCUGCGCGUUCUCCUAAACAUAAUUUUUCUGUGCGUUCUCCUGAACCCAUGUAUUUUGGUAGAGGAGUUUUUUUUUUUUUCCAAGUCACCAGUGUUGCCUUGCUUGGGGUAGCAGUCCACAGAGCUGGCGAGCCAUCCUUGGCUUAAUCCACUAAGCAAUUUUUCUCUUUCAUAAUGAAAAAUGGUGAACCAGGUUUGGUUCAGAUGAGUCUGUUGUCUAUGAAGUAGGAUUCGGUCAUUUGUGCUAUUUAUAUAAACCUGGCCUAUCACCGGGUAUCGUAUUUCA